AUGCCCUAUCCAAUCACUGAAGACUCACGCGAUGAUAAACUCCAGGGUGACAUUUUUCAAGAAUCGGCUCUGUCGCUAAGUGAGAGCAAGUGGAUUCUUAUAGAAUCUGGCAAAGAGUUAGGUAGUACAUGUGGCUCUGGGUAUGAUCACUUUUACCCACAUCAGCAAGUUCAAGGAUUAGACCCAGUAGUAGGACUAGUGGCAUCGUCAGCUCCGCAACUAUUACUCUCGGUAUCUCCUGUGUCAGGCCCUCGUCCAACUUCAUGCGCACUACCGGCCGUUUCUGCGAAUGAUAAAGAAGAUCUCCAUUAUCUCCAAGCAGAUAAGUCUAAUUUAGGCUUUGACAACCACAUCCCAAACUCAAAUUUACGCCAGUCUCUAACGGAGCUUUUGGAUCACGGUCUGGUGGGUGUCUCCUACAAGAACCACGUGAAUUCGGACCCUACGAGCACGGAAAUAAACUUGCUCUGGCAGCCCUUUUCUUCACCACUAUUAACCAAAGAAGAUUCAGAAUCAAUGUAUGCUACUCUUCAGACCUAUAGCACUCCGGACAUUAGCCUGCAUUCCGGACCUCUUUUCAGUGCCGCGAGCAACGUUAUAUCACAGACAGGCUCAAUGAACAUGUUUCCCCAAGGCAACAGACACGAUGGAAACUUCCAUUCGCAACAGGCGCAAUGGGCGCAAUACCAGCGCUCAUUAUCUAGCACACCCGAGGACCCAUAUCAGCGAAGAUCACAUGAACCGUCCUUGACGCCUCCCGCAGGAUACGCGUCUUUGCCUUCACAGCAGACCAUGUUCUCGAAUACUUCUUACCCGAUAGGCAUGCAACAGCCGAUGCAAGCUCCACCUUCUCACGCAUUUUAUCCUACUUCAAGUCCAUAUGGAUUUAACCAACCAGGCUACGAUUUUCCCCAAACGACAUUUGUUUCAUCUAAUACCUAUCCCACAACAGCGGGACCUAAUAUGGGAAUCCCUAUCCGAACUCCUCCUUACGUGGGCAGCAGCAACGACAGCCCUCACAACAGCAGCAGCCACAGCCACACAGGCAGCCUCGUCACCUCAGAGCCCGAAAGCCAAGUGCGGGUUCUGGAAUCACGACCGAAACCGCAAUGCUGGGACCACGGCUGCAACGGGCGGGAAUUCUCGACGUUCAGUAACUUGCUAAGACAUCAACGAGAGCGAUCCGGUGCAGCUGCGAAGUCUGAAUGUCCUCAUUGCGGCGCCGUGUUCACGAGAUCUACGGCGAGAAAUACACAUAUUGCACAAGGCAAGUGUAAGGGGAUUCGCGACUCGACGGAAUAA